AUGUGUCUUCUCUUGGUGGUUUGUUCGCUAUUGUAUUGGACUUUAAUGUCUCCUAUCCUGUUAUGUCUCUCUAUCGGAGUUACUCGUCGUUAUUUUGUUGUAUACAUCUACUGCCUGUCAAAUCAUAGUCGUAUUUAUAGUCAUUAUUGCUCUUCGCUGAUUCCGCUGCCGCUUUCGCAUUGUUAUCAUGUAUAUUGCUAUUUCUUGACACCUAUCUGUUCGUUUGUCUCCGCGUUUUAUUGCCCAUCACACUUCUUGCUCUACAUGGGUUUCAUCCUGUCGAAUGCUAGUGUGCUGUUUGUUUCAAUUUAA